AUGUCUGACGGCAUCAGGCGAGCACGAAGCAUACAGCUGAAAUACUUGGCUACGUUACACCAGAUAGGGAAACCGCUGGAGGAACCGAUUGUUGGCAGACAUUUCAGGCUGCCGGAACGACCACGGCCGGCCGAACAUCCAGUGUUCGAUAUGUCGCUGCUGUACAUUCCAAUCUAUUGCCACCUGGUGCUGCAUCCGCCGGAAAAGAUUGUACGCCCACCGACGCCGGAAUUAAUUACGCGAGCCCGUAUGGAGAAGGCGGUGGAAAAUUGGAUGGAUUGA